AUGCACCAGCAACCCCGUGGCCCAGCCAGGGUAUCAUCCCCAGGCGCAACGGCCCAGCCGAAUCUACCAUCUCGAUCCAACAGCGCCCGAGAGGCUGCCUUGGGCUCUCGCCCUCGCGCUGGCUCGAAUCUUGCCGGCAGAGAUGUCCCAAACUCGCCUUCCCUCGAGAGCCCACCGAUACCGGCACCUCCUGCUGAUUCCGUGAGGAAACUCGACCAAAUAAUACAGAACUUCUACGCAAAGGCGGCUGUGCUUGUCCUCGACUCACGUAUUAAAUCCAGGCCUGUACGCGGCGCUAACGGCGCGCGGAAACCCAACAAAUGGUUCCAAAUCGAGACAGAUGAGAUUGACGACUUCAGAGAUGAACUCAAGAUCUGGAAGAAUUGCGGUAGCCUCGACAACCGCCCUCCUCCAAUGGUUAUCGAGGUCUACCUAGAUGCCUCUCGGCUGAAGGAUAGCCAGAGUCUUGUCAUUGUCGAUGAGAACGGCAAAAGGUGGGAUGUGAUGGAACAGCUGAAUUCUUAUGGAUCAUCCACCGACAGCUCUGGCGCAUCACGUAGAAACAACGAAGUUGUCAUCGAGAGAUGGCAAGUUGAGCUGAAGCACUCGGGCAUGACGUCCGUCGACUUUGGCCCGAUAUUACCGACUGUGUACAAGAAGGCUAUUGUUUUCUUCCGUUCGCUAUUCAUCACAACCCGAUUGCUUCCAGCAUGGAAAUUUGCCAGCCAAGGAGCUGCUAAAAACUCACAUCCUGCUCUCAUUCCCCGAUGUCGAAUACGUCUAUCCCAACCUGACCGCCCGCGUUAUGACCAGCUACGCCUUCCCAUUGAUGGAAGGCCAGAUCCAGUGACGGAGUACGUGUUUGGCGACCUGGAGGUGCCUGUUGGUCGAUUAAGCACGCUCGUCACAUAUCGAAGUGACUGCAACUUUCGUGUGGAUGACUCUGAGGCUCUGCUGAGCUCUCGUUUCAUGGGCGUGGAUGAGAACUUCUUUAGGCCCUCCCUUCCUCAACAGCAUGCCACAUCGCGGGCGCCUGCGGCCGAGGCGGGGUCGCUCCGUGAUCAUCGAUCAAAACCAAAUUUAAGUGAUAUCCAGCAAGCUUAUGGAAGCCUAUCAACGUUUCACGGGAACGUUCCCAUAGGAACCAGCCCGAUCUCGGCUCUGAGAUCAGUGCGGCAACCAGGCUCUGACACAAGCUCGCCCCCAGAAUCUAUCCCGGCACAACACGAUGUAGGUGGCCCAAGCUCUCUGCCAGUCCGCCAAGGUACAGCACGACCGCAGUUGCCAGCUCUCGAGGGCUUAGGCAGACGGCCCUCGGUGUCUUUCCAGCCUUUCAAGGCGGGCUCGCUUUCGGGUUCACCUGUUCCCAGACAACUCGACGCUGAACCCGCCUCCCCUCAGUCUUUAACACGACCAGGUAUCCCUUCACUUAGACAGGCGGGUAAUCGAACAUCUCUCACUGCUGGCAUGCCAGCUUCUCUGCGAGGUGGCCCACCUACAUCGUCAGGAGAAACUGCAGUUGCAGGCUCUCCUCGACCGGCAUCGACUAGUCGUUAUAGUAGCAGUUUCACCCACCGCCGUGGACGGCUCUCGUUUGGGGGCGCUAGCAAAGCCGGAGACGACGAGCAGGGAAGCAGUGGAAGGCAGAGCUUGGCUUCAUCAGUAGCACAGCCAGGGUCUGGACUGCUUGCUGAGGUGGCGGGUACCAGCUCGGAAUCCCUCCGAGACGACAAUGAACAACUUGAAGACUUCAUUAAGGCCUUGGAUAGUAAGAAGACCUUGCAGAGUUUUGGGCCUUCGAAGACGGGUGAAUCCGCAACGAAUAAGACUGUAGCGCAACUGUCCCGCUUUCAUAUGAUGAGGGACUCAAACAACGCACUUACGGAGUCGAUGACAUCGUCCGUACAAAUGCAGAGAUCGUCAAGCUCCUCCAGUAGGCAAUUGACAAGCGUGCCUGGAAUGACUGCACCAGCCUCUGUGUCUGCAUCAUCAUCUCCUGGGAAGCCACUUUCACCUCACACGCCCCAUACACCAGCAAUUCCGUCUAGACUGAGCGAGAAUUCAAUUAUUGAUUAUACUGGCCAAGGACGGAUCACAUCGCGUCAAGGACGAACCUCCGAUAACACCCAGCCAGGGACUAUCAGAGAAAACACAAUUACGCAAGAUGGUACAACAGCGAUUGAUAUUCCUCUCUCGCCACGACUUACAACUUACCAGCGACGAGCAAGCUCUGUUGCGAUACAAAAUCGGUCAAUGGCUGAUGAUGAUGAUACAGACUCAGCUUUUGCACAUCGAAGUAUCAGCUUGGGUGCCGAUGACAGGGAGCCACCUACUUUGAGCAUUCUGCUUGGCAGACAAAUGCAACUUGAGGAAGAAUCUACGCAAAAGCCAUCGGACAGACUUGAGCCAGCUGCCGGUACUGGGAGUGCGGAGACCCCAGAUAUGUUGCGGCAAGGACUCUCGGAAGAGAACCCGCCUGAGGGUCUGAUCCCGGCAGCGACAUCUAGCUCACCAUUUGGACGUCGUCGGUAUAUGGGCAUGGCUUCACACAGACAGACCCCACCGCAGUCGUCUCGUGGUAGCUUCAACGGAUCUCUCAAUAGACAGGUCCGGGGUGAUGACGACUCGGUCAACGAGGAGCCGUUGGUCUUUGAUCUCUCGGAAAUGGAUCCACAAGGCCGACGAAGCAUCGAAGAAGCGCGUAGUGGCGCAUCUGGAGGCCCCAAUAUUGGCCCAGAUAAGGGAGGAUAUGAAAGCCGUAACGCUUCAAGACGGGGUUGGUAA